ACUUCACAAUCGCCGGGCUGUGAGCUUGCAGCGUAUUGGGCUCAGCUAACAGAGCCGGAGAGACCGGUGAAGUGAUUUGAUUGGCGAAGGCGGGCUGAGUAAGAAAGCUGCCCAGGAAACAUCUCAGGUUACAGGGGGAGUGACCCUAGACCGAGCCGGAGGAGGGGGCUCGUAGAGUCAGUGAUGGUGGUGGGGGGGACGCAAGAAAAAAAACCUUUGUAAACCUGACAAAGCUUUUGAGAUUAGAGCAAGGUUUCUUGAAGAAGGCAUACAAAACACAAGAAUCGUAAUUUAAUGGAUUUGCUCACUUUUUGGAGGUUUCAUAGCGUCGCCUUUUACAUCAGGAUCCGUCUUUUUAGUUCUUUCAUCUGAGUUUGCAGAGCUGGAAAAGAAUUUAUUGUUAUUUUUUGCUGUUGAUAAGUAUUUUUUUAAAGAAAAAAAGUGGUGAAGCAACAGAGAAGAAAGUUUUCCUGGACCUCACUCGGAACUGCAGUUGUCUUCGGGGAAAUAUAUAUAUAUACAGGGUUACUCCGGAUUUCUUGAAGGGUCAUGCUUGCACUGUUCCACGGCUAUCGGAUUUUCCAGUUCUUCGGUGCUGUUGUGGAGAGCGCGGUGACGGCGAAGUUGGAGUAGUAAAGCGCAGUCUGGCAUUUUUGUAGCGGGGAGCUGUCCCGGUGGGAGUUCACACGCAUUCCUCGCUUUGAUUCGGCUCAUGCACACGCCUGCUGCACAGUGCAUGAGGAUCGGCUUCUCCAAGGCUCUUAAACCCUCAAGUGCUACAGACACUAGCGCUGGUGGAGAAAGGAUUGAGUGCCCGUGUUUCAUGAUUCCACAGAGGUCCUCAGAUGGGAUCUGUGUCCGGGUGGAGAUCCACAGGAGCAUGGGGAAUCUCCGCUAGCAGGAUGUCCACGUGGGCUUGCCUACUGUACCUGGCUCUGGUGUCAAUGGCAACUGUCUCCUUGGCACGACCACCGUUCAACACUGAGGAGGAAACCACACUGGAACCCGAAGAGCCUCCAACCAAAUACCAAAUCUCUAAGCCCACAGUCUGCUCUGUCCACCCUGGAGAUCUGCUGAAGCUGAGCUGCCCACUGCCUGAGGCUGGGACCAUCACCUGGACCAAGGAUGGGUCCUCGCUGGGGUCCAACAACAGGACGCUUAUUGUAGAGGAGUCCUUGCAAAUUAGAGAUGCCACGCCCAAGGACUCUGGUCUUUAUGCUUGCAGCACAGUUAGCCCGAUAGGCAGCGAUACUCUUUGCUUCAUUGUCAAUGUCACAGAUGCUAUCUCUUCAGGAGAUGAUGAAGACGACACAGAGCGCUCUGAGGAUGUUCCUGGAGAUGGGGAGCAGAUGAGGGCACCAUACUGGACCAUGCCAGAGAAGAUGGAGAAGAGGCUGCACGCGGUGCCGGCUGCGAACACAGUGAAGUUCCGGUGUGCGGCAGGGGGGAACCCCCGGCCCCACUUGAGGUGGCUGAAGAACGGCAGGAACUUCCGGCAGGAGGACCGCAUGGGGGGCUACAAGGUCCGACACCAGCACUGGACCCUCAUCAUGGAGAGCGUGGUUCCCUCAGAUAAAGGAAACUACACCUGCGUGGUGGAAAACCAGUAUGGCUCCAUCAACCAUACCUACACGCUGGAUGUAGUUGAGCGUUCUCCUCACCGGCCUAUCCUGCAGGCCGGCCUGCCUGCCAACACAACAGUGCGCGUCGGUGAAGACGCCCGCUUCGUCUGCAAGGUGUACAGCGAUGCGCAGCCACACAUCCAGUGGCUACAGCACAUCGAAAAGAACGGCAGCCGCUACGGUCCGGAUGGCCAGCCCUAUGUCCGCGUGCUGAAGACCGCAGGUGUUAACACCACGGACAAAGAGAUCGAGGUUCUCUCUUUACCAAAUGUUACUUUUGAGGAUGCGGGGGAGUAUACAUGCUUGGCGGGUAAUUCUAUUGGGAUCUCCUAUCACACUGCAUGGUUGACAGUUCUUCCAGCUGAUCCAGAGGAGCCGAUAUUUGGCCCGACGUCCCCGGACUACGUAGAGAUCGCCAUUUACUGUAUCGGCGUCUUCCUCAUUGCCUGCAUGGUGGUGAUCGUGGUGGUGUGCCGCAUGAAGAACACCGCCAAGAAACCCGACUUCAGCAGCCAGCCAGCCGUGCACAAGCUGAGCAAGCAAAUCCCCCUGCGCAGACAGGUAACAGUGUCGGCGGACUCGAGCUCCUCCAUGAACUCAAGCACCCCGCUGGUCAGGAUCACCACGCGCCUGUCCUCUGCCGUUGACGCGCCCAUGCUGGCUGGUGUGCCCGAGUACGAGCUGCCUGAGGACCCCCGCUGGGAAUUCUCACGGGACAAGCUGACCCUGGGCAAGCCACUGGGGGAGGGUUGCUUCGGCCAGGUGGUGAUGGCAGAGGCUCUGGGAAUCGACAAGGACAAACCUAAGGAGGCCUUGACUGUGGCCGUGAAGAUGCUGAAAGAUGAUGCCACAGAAAAGGAUCUUUCAGACCUGGUAUCCGAAAUGGAAAUGAUGAAAAUGAUUGGAAGGCACAAAAAUAUAAUCAAUCUGUUGGGUGCCUGCACACAGGAUGGGCCUCUUUAUGUGAUAGUGGAAUAUGCCUCCAAGGGGAAUCUGCGCGAGUACCUGCGAGCCCGUCGCCCCCCAGGCAUGGAGUACUCCUACGAUAUUGCCCGUGUGCCUGAUGAGCAGCUCACUUUCAAGGAUCUGGUUUCCUGCACAUACCAGGUAGCCCGUGGCAUGGAAUACCUGGCAUCACAAAAGUGCAUUCACCGAGACCUGGCAGCGAGAAACGUGUUAGUCACAGAAAACAACGUGAUGAAAAUAGCAGACUUUGGCUUGGCCAGAGACGUCCACAAUAUCGAUUACUACAAAAAGACGACAAACGGCCGGCUUCCGGUGAAGUGGAUGGCUCCGGAAGCUCUCUUCGACAGGGUUUAUACGCACCAGAGCGAUGUGUGGUCGUUUGGGGUGCUGAUGUGGGAGAUCUUCACGCUGGGAGGGUCACCUUAUCCAGGGAUCCCAGUUGAAGAGCUCUUCAAACUCCUGAAGGAGGGGCAUCGCAUGGAUAAGCCAGGAAACUGCACCAAUGAGCUGUAUAUGAUGAUGAAAGACUGUUGGCAUGCCAUUUCUUCACAAAGGCCAACAUUCAAACAGCUGGUUGAAGACCUGGACCGGAUCCUAACAUUAACUACCAACGAAGAGUAUCUGGACCUGUGCGCUCCAGCAGAACAGUAUUCCCCCAGCUUCCCAGACACGCGCAGCUCCUGCUCAUCGGGAGACGACUCCGUCUUCUCCCACGACCCUCUCCCGGAUGAGCCCUGCCUUCCCAAGUUCCAGCACAUGAAUGGCAGUGUGAAAACAUGAGGAGCCCAGGCCUGACCUGCCCCACCCCAGAGACAGACCGCCCACCUUGCUGGCUCCCCCCGGACUGCAGGAGCCUGCAGAGGAGCCGAGGCGAAUGAGGACGCUGGCCGCAGGCUCAAGACUUAAAGCUCUUAGGAACCUUUUCAGUCACAAAAGACGGCUUGGGGUUUCAUUCCGAGUUCUGGAAUUCUUCACUUCCAUUUCAGUGAUUCCAUUCCAUUCUGCAACAGCCAGGCAGGUGGCUCGCAGCUUUUUUUUUCAUUCCAGAAGGGAUGGACCAAGAUGGACUCAAAGGCACAAGACAGGGAAUAAAACAGAAAAGUGAAGAGGAGAGGAGACAGAAACUGCCUCCCUUGUUUAUUUUGUAUCAUUGUUUUUCAAAACUAAGCCCACACACACUUAUUAUGGGUCAGCAAAACACAGUAUAUAGAGUGCUGGGUAUAUUUGUAAAUAUAUUCAAAUAUGUAUAAAUAUAUAUUAUAUAUUUCAAUUGAAUUAUUUUUUGUAUGGAUUUAAGAAUAAGCGCCCCCCUCCCUUCUGAAUCACACUGAGGUGAAGUGUGUCGCACCUCUUCAUAGCUCCGUGGUGAAAAUCAUGUAUUACUUUCAUUGUUCACUCGACACAGUGGUGGAGUAUUUGCUUUCAGGGAAAGAGGUAGCAUGUUAAUUUAUUGACUCAUGUAAAAAAUUAAAAAGUACAAAAAAAUAUUAAUUAAUAACCCAUUAUGUUUAUUGUAAUUUAAAAUGAUCUUUCACUGCAGGUAACAGAAAUAUUGUAUAGUGGGUAUUUUGAAAGAUCCUGGGUUCAUACAUAUUUUUUUAAAUAAAUGUGAAUAUUAAGUUAAUUUUAAAUACUGUACAUUUUAUAUGUAGCCAGCUAACCUUUUUUUUUUUACAUAGAAGACACAGUCCUUGGUCUAUUGUCCCUUUCCAAACAUCUUAUUUGAAAUGAGAAGGGUACUGGAUGUUAAUAUAUAACGUAAAGUCUUUACAAAUACCCACUACUACACUGUUACUUCAUUUAGACUAAAUGUAGAUUACACAGCAUUCAGUUAUGAAGAAGAUUAAAACAAAAAAGGGAAAAAGAGUAUUAAAAUCAUUUAAUGUUUUCUACUGGACCAAUUAAAAUUUUUGCUGCAAGUGUUGAUUUCCUGACACUUUUGCAAAUAAAAGAUAAAACCUGA